UGAAAUGAUAGGACAUAAUUGAUUGGUACACAGCUAUAAGAGCAGCCAAAUUCAGACACUUGCAAAUUGCUUUCCCGGAGACACCGGUCGACGAUUUGCUCAAAAUACUGACCAAAGACUUUGUCAAAGAGGGCUUCCUAUGGAAAACUGGGCCCCGAGUGAGCGAUUCAUACAAAAAGCGAUGGUUUGUUUUGGACGACAGGAAACUCAUGUAUUUGGAUCAGCCUCUGGAGGCGUACCCGAAGGGCGAGAUAUUUUUGGGCGACUCUAACGAGGGAUUUAUUGUCAAAUCGGGAGUUCCGCCGGGAAUGAAGGAACUCGAGAGCGGAUACUCUUUUACAUUAGUCACACCGGAGAGGACGUGGCUCUUCGCGGCCUCGAGUACUGAUGAUCGGCAGUCGUGGAUGAAAGCACUGGAAUCGGUGAUCAAUCAGACGUCUUCGGCGCCCAAUGACGCCAUGCAAGAGACGGUUCGCAACGAUUUGCGCCACUCUUACGCCAGAAAAAGUCGAGACUCAAAAAUCCUGAACCAAAUGAGAAAAUUAACGGGAAAUAUUCUUAACAAACAAUAAAACAGUAAAACAAUAAAAUUGAAAUAAGAAGAAGAAAUUUCACCCAAUUAUCGAUCUUUCAUCGGAGAAAAGCUCACGAUUUUCUCUACAAAUCAUUGAAUACUUAUUAAAUAUAUUGAACACGAAUUUCAUGCAAAACGACUUUUCGCGCAAAACAUAUAAUUGAAUGCAAUGUAUAACAGAAAUUGUGUGAAAAUUUGUGCCCAAAAACUGAAUA